AUGGAUGAAAUAAAACAAGAAGAUGCUUCUUUACAUGAAUGGCUAUUAAAUAUACCAGCAAAGCACUGGGUCAGAGCUCAUUUCACUGGAAGAGCAAAAUGUGAUGUCCUUUUGAACAAUCUGUGUGAAGUGUUUAAUAGGCAACUUGUAGGAGGUAGGGACAAGCCUAUCAUUACCUGCUUAGAGUACAUCAGAGUCUACAUGAUGAAAAGGAUUAUGGUGGUGAAUAAAAUGAUUUCCAAAGCUAAAGGUCUGCUGACACCAGCUGCAACUGAUGCAUUCAAUGAAAUAAAACAUGAUGCUGCAUAUUACACUGUCACCUUGGCUGGUAUGAAGAAAUAUCAAGUAGGGGCCUUUGGGCAUAACCAGGUUGCAGUUGAUAUGAACAAGAAAACAUGUUCUUGUAGGAAGUGGAAGCUCACGGGCAUGCCUUGUAAGCACGUAGUAGCAGUAAUAUGGAACAUGGCUCAAAAUGGUGAAAACGUAGGCAUUCCUGAAAAAUGGGUAUCUGAGGUAUAUUGGCUUCAUACCUGGAGAAACGUUUACAAGAAUACAAUUGAACCUGUUGCUGGAAGAGACUUUUGGAGGCCAUCAACCUGCCCGACAGUUAUUACACAUCCAAAGCACCAUACCCAGGUUGGUAGGCUAAAAAAGAAGAGGAGGAAGUCUGCAGUCGAGUUGGCUGAUAAGGUUGGAAAAGGUGGUAAGCUAACCAGAAAGGGGGCCUCUGUCAGCUGUGGUAAAUGCAAAGGAGUAGGGCAUAAUUCUAGGUCUUGCACUGGUCAAGGAAGUUCACAGUCUAUUCCUCAAACUCAAGCUGCACAAAAGAUGAAGGGUAACGUGGCAAAAAAAAGAGCUAUCAUGACUUGUAAGGUGUGCAAAGAAAAAGGGCAUAAUUCCAGGCCUUGCCGCUCAAAGAAAGUUUCUGGAGGAAGUCCACCACCAACCAAGAUCAUGUAG